CAACUUCUAACUAUUCAUGAGCUUUGUGAGCAUGCACAACAAACAAUCCCUGUUGUCAUUCUUAUUCUGAUUUUUCAUUGAUGGCUGUGUACAUGGACUGAUUUCUUCUUUGGUGUAGGUCAUUUUAAUUCACACCUCACAGGUAAUGGUCAAGGAAGAUGAGUGAACAAAGGCAGCGCGCCCUGUCUACGUCAGGGGAGGCUCUCUACCAGAUACUGGGCCUGGACAAGAACUGCACACACGACGACAUCAAGAAGUCUUACCGGAAACUUGCCUUAAAAUAUCAUCCUGACAAGAAUCCAGACAACCCUGAUGCCGCAGACAAGUUUAAAGAGCUGAAUAAUGCCCACACUGUCCUGUCAGAUGUUACCAAGAGAAACAUCUAUGACAAAUAUGGAUCCUUGGGUCUCUAUGUCUCACAACAAUUUGGAGAAGAGAACGUCAACACGUACUUCCUGCUAUCCAGCUGGUGGGCAAAGGGCUUGUUUGCGAUCUGCGGCCUGCUGACGGGCUGCUACUUCUGCUGCUGUCUGUGCUGCUGUUUCAACUGCUGUUGUGGGAAGUGUAAGCCCCGCACACCAGGGGAGGAGGACCCAGAGUGCUACGUGUCGCCCGAAGACCUGGAGGAGCAGAUUCGCACGGACAACGAAACAGAUGGUGACACCCCCAUUGUGCAUCAGCCAACCAAUGCCAGUGAGAAGACUCAGUUGAUUGGUGAUGGGCACAGGAGUUAUACCUGAGAGGGAGGACAGUGAUGGUCUGGAGUGAAGUCACAAAUAGCCAUUGCUCCUGUUUCCCUCUCACCAUUUGCAAGAGAGACUGCCUGGACCCUCUGAAAGAUGUAAAUACCGUAAUGAAUGAUUGAUUGCUUGAUGGUUUUCAAUAUGAGUUCUGUUGACUGUUGCUUUCUGUCAUGUUAUAAAACUGCUCUUUACAAUUGUAUACACAGAAAUAAAGAGACUGUGCAAAAAGAUUAACAAGUGAAAACAUUACCAUAUCAAUAUUAAUUUGAAAACAUAGG